GUUGUUUCACACAUCGCCGUUUUUCGAAUUCAGUUUCGUUUUCAUCUACUUUUAACCGCCGCCGAUAAACUAAAUCAGAUCUCCGUGGGAUUUGCGUCCGAUCGUCGUUAUAAUGAUCGCAAGCCUGACGUUUAACGAGACGUCGCGUAUCUCGGAAGCUUUAAUCCGUAUCUAGAAAGUUCAAAAUCAAAUCAAUAUUUGGAAUCGGAUUAGAUCUUCGAUUGAAUAUUAGUUUUCGUUUGAUCUAUAGUUUUCCAUAUACGGCGCCGUUUUUUUAAUUGUGGAGUGAUAUCGCAAAUGCCGUUUCAUACGAAAAUCCAACCGGUCGAUGUAACGGAGGUGGAGAUACCUUUCCCUGAGACGAUGAAGCAGAUGCCGAAAUCGCGGUUGAAGCGUCUCUUUGAGCGUCAGUUCAGUUUAAAGAACACCUCAGAGGCCGCGGCGCCACCACCACCGCUUUCGAGAGGUGGCUCGGGUGAUUUCGAGCCGAGCUCCGUUUGUCUGGGGAAGAUGGUUGUAAACUUCAUCGAGGAUAACAAUAACGGUGAGAAACAGAGGUGUGGUCGUAGCCGAUGCAGCUGCUUUAACUGGAGUGGCACGGAGAGCUCUGACGAUGAGUCUGAUUGGUCUGACGAUCUGGGAGCUUCUUCUUCCCGUGAAGGUCGCGUGGCUCUCAAGAGUUUGGUCAUCUGUUCGAGCAUGUGUGAGAAGAGUUUAAUGGCUGAUGUGACCAAGAUUGUGGAAACGAGUAAGAACUGUAAACGUAAAGACGAAUCUUGCUUGAAGAUAUUCGUGGCCAAUGAGCUGGUGAGCUUAGGUUAUGAUGCGGCUCUGUGCAAGUCUCGCUGGGAGAAAUCUUCUUCUUACCCUGCUGGGGAAUAUAAGUAUGUGGAUGUGAUAAUCGAUGGUGAAAGACUGUUGAUCGACAUUGAUUUCAAACCGAAUUUCGAGAUUGCUCGUGCCACGAAGACCUACAAGUCGAUCCUGCAAACUCUGCCUUCCAUUUUUGUUGGCAAAGUGGAUAGGUUGCAGAAGAUCAUCAUCCUUGUAUGUGAAGGUGCAAAGAAGAGCUUGAAGAAGAAAGGACUUCAUGUGCCGCCAUGGAGGAGAGCCGAGUAUGUUAAAUCAAAGUGGAUUUCUCCUUAUGUUCGCGGACCAGAUGCAGAGGAAGACAAGCAGGAACCAGUAGAUGUUUUGACUAAAUCGGUGGGUUCGAUAGCCUUUGGUGUUUGAAGAUUGUGUGAAGCUUUUUUUAUGUGACAUAAAGGCUCUAGCGUGGAGUUGUGAGAGGAGAUUGGAGUGUUCGAAUCCCUUAUAGUUUUUGAUAUGAAGGGUAUGAACUUGGUGAAUCGCAGUGUGUCUCAGCUUAUCUGUUUUUUUUGGUGUAAGGGAGACUGUGAUCCGACUCUGUUACUCUAUCGUUGUUUUGUGGGGGUUAUUAUUACUAAAUAAUUACAUACUUAUACUAUCCU